GGGAGCGAGAGAAAGAGAGAGAGAGUGGAGUCAAAGUGCAGACGCUGCAUGUGGCUCUGGAGGGAGUGAGUGAUCUGGUUAUGGAGGGGGACAAAUUCUCAGCUCUGAAACGGUCAUUUGAAGUGGAGGACACAGAUUCAUCCACGCACCCCUCGCCUCUGUCCCGUAGGACCACCAACCCCCUCCGCUCGUCGCUGUCCUCGACUUCCAGCCAGAGGAGCUAUGACCUGAGCUCCCGCAACUCUGACUACUACUCGGCCAAAUCGUCUCCCUCCGACUCAUCCAAUCCACGUUCUCCCAAGACCGGCAUGAGGCGGGUCGAGUUAUCAGGGGGUCGUAACCCCGAAGUGGCUUCUUCUCGCCGCACUGAAAUCUCCAUUGAGGUCUCCUCCAAGCAGAUCGAUAGCUCGCCCAGCGCUGGCAUCACCCGCUUCGGCCUGAAGCGACCCGAGGUGAGCCUGGGUAGUCGGAGCACCCCGCCUGACGGCUCUCUUAAUUCCGUCUCCAGUUCCGCGAGCAGGCGGGCAGAACUUAGCAUGGCACGGCUGAACGAGCCGCCCGCGCCCCCCAGGAGGAUGGAGGCCCAGCUCUCAUCCACGCCCGUCUCUAGGAUCCCCGAGCCGCCUCAGAGACGAGCGGAGUUGCCUUCGUCCUCCAUCAGCCCGGUCGAGGUGGCCCGGAGGCCUGAAAUUCCGAGUUUCAGACAACCGGAUAGUUUUGUGCCGGCCGCUCCAGUGGAGAACAACAACCACCUGCCUCCUUCCCCCAGUGCGCCUCUGCCAUGUGUGGCUGACAGCAGGGUGGAGUGGGUGCCGCCCACUGUCGCAGAGACCCCCACGCCUCAACCCACAGACCGUUCAGAGGUGAUUUCAAGCUACACCAGCAGUGCCAUGACCGACACGGUGGCGCCCGAUGCCGCGGCAUCGUCGUACGGCGACAGGCCCGCAGGCCCAGCGGUGGACUUCAGUUAUGUGGGCAUUGAUGCCAUCCUGGAGCAGAUGAGGAGGAAGGCCAUGAAGCAAGGUUUCGAGCUCAACAUCAUGGUUGUGGGGCAGAGUGGCUUGGGCAAGUCUACGUUGAUGAACACGCUGUUCAAGUCCAAAGUCAGUCGCAAGUCUGUCAUGGCCGCUGCCCAGGAAAAGAUCCCCAAGACAAUCGAAAUCAAAUCUAUCAGUCACGACAUCGAAGAGAAGGGAGUGAGAAUGAAGCUGACGGUUAUCGACACACCUGGCUUCGGAGACCAGAUAAACAAUGAGAACUGCUGGCAGCCCAUCAUGAAAUUUAUUAAUGACCAGUACGAGGCCUAUCUGCAGGAGGAGAUAAAUAUUAACAGGAAGAAGAGGAUCCCGGACUCCAGAGUCCACUGCUGCAUAUAUUUCAUUCCGCCUACUGGACACUGUUUGCGGCCUCUUGACGUGGAGUUCAUGAGGCGCCUCAGUAAAGUGGUCAACAUAGUUCCAGUUAUUGCCAAGGCCGACACGCUCACCUUAGAGGAGAGGGACUUCUUUAAAAAGAAGAUUAGGGAAGAACUGCGAGCCAACGGGAUUGACAUCUACCCUCAAAAAGAGUUUGACGAGGAUGCAGAGGACAGAAUGAUCAAUGAGAAGAUCAGGGAGAUGAUUCCGUUUGCUGUUGUGGGCAGCGACCAGGAGUACCAGGUCAAUGGCAGGAGGUUGCUGGGGAGGAAGACCAAGUGGGGAACUAUUGAAGUUGAAAACAUCGCCCACUGCGAGUUUGCCUAUUUACGGGAUCUCCUCAUCAGAACCCACAUGCAGAACAUUAAGGACAUCACCAGCACCAUCCACUACGAAAUGUACCGCGUGAGGCGCCUCAACGAGAACAACACGGCGGCGUCUCACACCAACGGCGUGCCGGAACAUCAUCUUACCGCCCACGAAAUGUAGACCCCAAGCGAUCCCGUCCUCCCUUAUUCUUACGAACUUUGACCCUCACUGUACAGGUCGGUUUGAAACAAACGAGCCCGAGUAGAGCGGCUGUUGUUUCCUCCCUGUGACUUUCUCUCACUACGGUGGAAAAGAGUGAAGAGAUGUCGUGAUUUCUUCCCGCAGUCCCUGCAACUUUUACUUUAGCCAACAAUCGUCCUUGUGGAUUGACUCCAGGUGCCAAAAAGGAACUGACACUAAUCGUCCGCGUUUUUAUUUUCUUGUCCGCUCUUUCCACUUUCUCAUUGUUUGUUUGAAUGCUUUUGCAGCGCUUAUAAGAGUUCUCAUGGUUCUGCACCGCGUGCUUAUCUGUAUUUGAGAACUGCACUGCGUGCGAGUGUGUGUGUUGCAGGAUCAUCUAUCAGUGCACAAAAAUGGUUGCGGCGAAGGGCUCAAAAUGGCACACGUCGCCACAAGUUGCAUUUCUGCUUUAGCCGCAGAUACGGCACGUCAUGUCAAACGCAGACAUGGGGACCGCGGUGUAUUUUUUUAAUUCCCAGUAAUAACUGCCUCUGUUUUUAUUCAAAGAAAUAUCUAAUAAGAGCGAUUUAAUGAGUACGUAUUUAUGCACCACGUCAAAUGUGAAUAAUGUUGGUCCAGUUCUUCACAUAAUUUCCAAGACAAUCCUGUUAGGCUGACCUGAGCAUGCCUUAUUUAUUGGAAAAUGUUAUCGAUGCCGCAUUGCUCGCAUUUAAACAUGUUUCCAUUAGUUCUUAUUAUUUCGAAGGAUAAAAACAAACAACAAAUUUGAUUCACUUUACCAAGCAACUAUGCCAGUUUUAAUUCUUGCUUAAUUAGACCCAGCAACCUUCUGUAUUCUUGGUUCUCUUUUUUUUUUUU